GGCGGGCCCUGAAGGCUGAAGAGGCCAACAGGCCUGAUCUUAGUUUUGUGCAACGUUCUCAGCUUGAAAGACCGCUAAAAGUCGUAGAAAAAUACUUGGAAAUUAUGAGGACUUGACCAGUGCGGAGAGCACAUAGAUCAGUAACAGAGUGAGCUAUGGACAGACUAGGUCAAUUUAGCUCUCCCCUCCUGGGCAGCUUUAGCCUACCCAGCCUGGCUGAGGGGAGUGAAGCCAUCAGUGAGGCUGAAGAGAUCAAUGAGGUGAAAUCCCUUCAUGACCGUGGGGCAAGAGCGGCAAAAACUUCUGACUUUGAUGAAGCCCUCCAGUUCUAUAAUGAGGCCCUUGAGAUUGACUCAAGGGAUGUCAAAGUGCUGCAGGCCAGGGCCUUAGUCUAUCUGCAGCAGGGAAACACACAGGCCGCUCUUCAAGAUGCUGAGGCAAUCCUGGCGAUUGAUCAGAACAGCUCUAUUGGAUACCUGCUUCAGGGCAUAGCCUACCAGCAUAUGAGCAUGCAUAAACAAUCACUGUCUGCAAUGUUGACCGCCUUGGAUGUGGAGGGAAGUAAUCCGGAAAAAGUGACCAAUCACAUCGCAGGAUCAGUGUCACAAUUCUGCCAGAUUACCCCUAGCCUGGCGAUUACUCUGAAAGGUAUGGAUCCAUAUGAAAAGCUGAGCGAGGUUGGAGUGGUGCUCUUCCAUCACAAAAGGUAUGAAGCAUGCAUCGAUGUUCUUGAGGCUGCGAGGAAACUGCAGACCAAUCAGAAGGGAAUCACCAUGCGGGUGUUACUCACGCUGGCCAACGCUCACUCUCAGCAGAUGCAUGUGGAGACAGCUAUUGGACUGUACCAGGAGUGUUUGACUCUGGCAGUGGCUACACAUGAGCAGGUGUAUCAGACAAAAUCGUUAGUGAACAUCGCCACCUUGCACCUGGAGAAUGGUGACACCUAUCAGGCCAUCAUCUUCUACGAGCGUCUGCUUCACUUGGAGGCGGAGCUCCUGUCACAAGUUGGAGGGUCGCCAGGUGGCAUGCCCGAUUACUGGACCAGAGAGCUGCAGUGUGGUCUUCAUCUCAACCUGAGCAUCGCGUACAAGACAAUUGGAAACAUGUCCAGUGCUUUGAUUCAUGCUAGGAAGUAUAUGGGACUCACUCAAAAGUUUGGACUUGACCCUAAGCUUGUGGCUGAGUCCCAUCAUAACACAGGGAUGCUCAACGAAAUAUUGGGGAACUACCAGGAGGCACUAAUGGAGUACAAACAGUAUCUGGCAAUGUCAAAAAACAACAGCAAUCGGAAAGGAAUUGGGCAGGCAUAUGGUUGUCUGGCCAGUGUGUAUGCUGCUCUGAGGAACUGGUCCCUCUCCCUGUCUUUCCACGACCAGUAUAUCUCCAUGGCAACCAAAGCGAAAGACCGAAGGAUGAUGGCCAUUGCUCAUGAGAUGAUGGGAGACACCUUGUGUGUGAAAGAGGAUUAUGAGCAAGCCAUAGAACAUUACAACCACAUGCUGAUGCUUUGUCGUAACCGUGACAACCGUGGGGAUGCCACUUCUAGGUGCAAGAUGGCUGCAGCAUACAGAUCAUUGGGACAACUCCAGUACAGUAUUUACUACUAUAACGAAGCCUUGGCACUAGCUCACAGGUUUGGCUUCCGUGACAUUGAGACCAUGGCGGAGUUCCACAUGGCCUGCAUCAACAAGGACUCCACUCAGUACGUGGAGAGAGACGAGGCGCAGAAGUCGUUCAUGAGGCUCAUUCCCUUCUUUGAGCGUAAGAUUGUAGAGCAUACAGAGGAGAACUCCCACUGCCCGCAGGAGUACGAGGAGAAGCUGCAGCAGUGUUACGAUGGGAUGCAGGCUGUUCUCUCUGUCAUGUCCAACAAGCUGGGCUGUCUGCAGUACGCCGAGGCUCACCGCAAGCGCUGCGUCAUCGCACUUCCCAACUUCCAUGCUACGUGUCGAGCUAGCAAUCAUAGUCUUGAUUCCAGUCGUGAGAUUUGGGGCACAGAACACAUGCGUCGCAUCGUGUCUGAGCAGAAUGCUACUGUGCUCUAUUACUCUGUGCUGGACCACUUUCUGCUGAUGUGGGUGCUGCAGCCUGCGGAGGGUGUGGUUCGAUUUUACACAGCUCGCCUCCCCCCCGGCAGCUCCUCAUUUCCCUGUCUGAUCACGGAGCUGCUGGCUGAGGUACGGGAGGGCUGGAGCAAAGCAGAUCUGUUCUCCACUUCCGAACCUCGUGCUUUGCCGCUGAGAGAUGCUGAGACCCAGCUGUUGAGGUCAAAGAAUCUACGACUCAGCAGUGCUAAACCAGCCACAGAAAGUGCCAGAAGUCCUGAUGUGAAGAAGCCUGCCCUUAGACGACUGUUUGACCUCCUCGUGGCGCCGGUCAUGGACAUCCUCGACAAACUUGAAGACCAGAGCCACCUGGUGGUCGUGCCAGACAAACAGCUCAAGUUAUGCCCCUUUGGCGCUCUGUUGGAUUAUGGGAACAGGAGCCUUGGAGAGAAGUUCAACAUCACUUACCUCCCUUGCCUACUGCUUCUGGACAGAGUUGUUCAGAAUGAGGUCGCCGCAGUCAGUGCUGAGGGGGAGUUGGAUUUCCAGCGAGAUCAAUGCCGCAAAGGGGGGUUACCCAAACAGAUCUCGGAGCAUUCAGAAAUUUUGAAUUUGUCUCCAGAUCCUGUAGAUGAUAUUGUGAGCGAGUCAGCUUUGUCCAGAGAACCGACCGUAAAUCUCAGAGAGGUGUCCAACCCCCGGCUGGCAAGCUCAAGGUCGCAAGAAGUUUCCUCCUCCAAGGUCAACAAGACGGCUAGGAGUCGAGAGUCUACGUUUGUAUCGCUGGGUGGGCGAUCCCAUCGAGAUAUUCCAACCCCUGUGCCAGAAAACAAGCCAGUGGUACCGGUGAAGCCAUCGACUAUGUCGCUAGGUAUCGUCACAGUGCAUGAGAAAGACUGGAUGCCAAAGGCUGAGCUGGUCCGUGCUCAGCAGGAGCUGGUCAUAGUUGCGGAGUGUCUGGGUUCUUUUCCCGUCAUGAGUGAGGAGGCCACACGCCAUGUUCUGCUGGAACGUUUGGAGAAGGCUGAGGUAGUGCACAUUGCCACAUGGGCGUGCCUGAGAGAAGGUAUCCUGCUGGUGACCCCUGACCCUGUAGACGACCAAUCAGAAGAUAGCUCUCACCUGGUCACCGUGGCGGACCUGCUCAACACAAGCAUGUGUGCCAAGCUGGUGGUGUUGUCCUCCUGCGGUCUCUCCGCAGCGCGCCAUGAGCAGGAAUGUGUCUACAAGCUGGCCAGUGCUUUUCUCUCUGCAGAUGGGAUCAUGUGUGUCACUGGGCUGGCUUCAGUCUGAUUGGCAAAGACUCCAAGGUCAACCUUAAUGAGAUACGUCAUGCCCAUCUGGAUCAGCUGAUUGACAAGUGUGAGGCAGAGCUAGAGGAGGAGUCGGACACGCCCAUCCUCAAUCCAAAGGCAGUUGUGCCCAACGUUUCCAGUAAAGAGCACAACUUGUCCGUGCUGCAGAAACACGUGAGGAGUUUGUUGAAGGAACACUACAAGAAUCCCAGAGUCAUUACUGAUCUAGUGGAUCUGCUGGACGCAGCCCUCAAACGUCUCCAUACCAUGGAGAAUAACCGACAGCCAUGUCGUCUCACCGAUGUCAUCGCGGGAAGCAGCCCGGCCGUGGCCUUACUCAAGUGGCUGGGGUUCCACUUCCAGGCCAAAGAGGCUGAGCUCACCUGCCCGUAUAUCGUCUUCCCCCACUGGAACACGGAUGAGCUGCUGAUCCCGACGUACGACGCCCUCAAGGCUGUUAUAGAACUGUCAGCCAGCCCAAAAUGUGUGAGUGCUCUCACAGAGGCCUUACCCAUCACACAGGACAACAUCUCCUGCCUUAUUGAUCUGAUGAGCAUCACAAAACACGCGCCGGAGAUCCAACUCAAGGUCACUGACUUGUCCGUGCACCCUCUGUGGCACUACACCAAGACGCGGGCAUUGCUACAGGCAACAGGCUUCCACCAGGUGGGGCUUCUGCUCACCUUCAACAUGAUGGCCACACACAAACAGCUCCUGUCCUCCAUGCUCCAGCUCCUCCUCUCCUUCAGCUGCCACAAGAGCCCCGUCCUGUUGUACAGGCUGGACGUGAACCUGCUGGGACGGGCCAGUGACACCAAGAGCAGUCUGACGGAGCAGCCCAGACUUCCCUCCCUUACUCCGCUCAUCUUGCCGAGGAACCAGCUUCGAAUGAGCACCCCUUGGUUCUCUGUGACUGAACACCGAGACGAAAUGUCAGAGAAAAUGAAACUGGCCAAGAGCUCAUCCAACCUGAGUGAAGAGUUCCAAGACUACCUGGAGAGAGCCCGCACCUGGCACCAGACCACAGUUGUUGCACAGACUGAUGAGGAGGCCAAGGAGACACUGGACAAAUAUGGCCGCCCAACCACAAUUCCAAAGCGGAAGGUGAAGGUCAAGUCUGGCUCGACAGCAUCCCAGCCACGCGUUCCGGUGGAUGAGGCGAGAAGUCUGAGUGCAAGGGAGGUGAAACAACGCCGCGACUAUGCCCACUUUGUGCUCCAGGAGCGAGAGACAGACAUAGCAAAUAGGAGGAAAGACGGACUACUGAAAUUGUACUUGCCUUAUAUCAAAACUUGAAAGACAGAGAGAAAUAGGCGAGAGAAGGACAGACAGAUAUAGAGAGAGACUGGGUUUUUUUCAGUCAAGUAUCAGAGGUACUCUUUUCAAUUCAUUUUUUUCUGGAUGAUAUUUGUGUCUGAAAUCCAAACUUGUUGGCUACAUGGAGGCAUUUGAGCAGACAAUAGUUCUGGUAAUUUUUGUUUGAGUUGAAAUCCUGAACACUUUCCACACACCUUGCGAGCAGAACGCAAAACCUUUGUCUCCACGUACCAGAAUACAGAUGGCUUACAUCACUACUUUACCUUCAUAUCGGCACAAAUACCUCAAUCAUUAUUAAAUUUUCAGCACAUUGAGAAAAUUAAACAUGACGAUCGCAUAUUCACCAAAAAAGGAGUUAGAAUCAGUCAGUGAAAAGCAGCACUCAUGCUAGGUCUACUCGACAUUUAAAAAAACCCAAAAUCCACUCAAUUGUAAACAAACUGAUUUUUGCUCUCAUAGGCCACACUAACCAUUCAGAAAGGAAAUUAUGAGGGAAGGUAGAGUUUCUCAAGUUUCUGGUUGUUUUUCUCUUUUUUUCUUUGUAGAGGCUUGGGUGGCUUUUUUAGAGAGAAACUGAAAUAAAGUGUUAUUUCAAAGUUUCAUUCUCUGGGUACAGUGGAGUCAGCUUAAUCGAACUUGGUCAUUUCAAAAUCAGGGGUUAACCGAAAGUAGCAUCCCCAAUUUUUUUUCUUGUUUGAGAAAGCUGUUUAAACUGGAAACCCAGCCAAACCAAAGAAAAUCCAGAAGCCCCACAGAUUUCAAUUUAAGUGGACUCCAUUGUAUAAUUCUAAUGAUCAAAUUUGAACACUAUUGCACUUGUAAUGCCAGGUGUGAACGUUAUCUUGUUUUGAUGUUCAGAAAACUGUUGUUAUUUAUUUGAAUUUGUGGCCCUGAAUCCAUUUUUAAAGCCUAAAGCUCAUGCACGAAGAAAUUAUGGUUGUUGAAAAAAAAAACAAAAAACAAAACAAAACAAGUGAGUACAUUGAACUUGAACAAUGGCUUUUGUCUACUUCUUGUGAGGGGUUUCUUUUGUGUAAAGUAGCAUGUAAUGUUUUAUUUGAAACAUGUUUAAAAAAAAGAAUGAGACUGCUGCAUUUUUUUUUUUUGUACAAUUUUAAUUCCCACUGGGGACAAGCAGGUUAUCUUAUAUUAUAGAUGCCGACAUCAAUUCUGUUGUUGUUAGCAGUACAGACAAAGGAAGUAGGCUUAUACAGAAAGGAAACGACAGGCCUUCAUUAAAAUACUCUUAAUAAGUCCAAGUCUUAAACAUGUCUAGGGCGACGAGACAUUGCAUGGAGGAGAAAAGUGGUCUUCUUAGACAGGUAUUCCUCUUGGACACUGUCAUUAUAAUAUAUGUAUAUAUAUAGAAAAAAUAUAAAGAUGGAAUGGGAAAUGGUCAUUUGUAUUAUAAGGUUAUUAUCUUAGGUAGAGGUAGUCGUUAAAGUAGGUCUGACGGUUUUACAUGUGUGUUAGAUUUUUCACACAUGUAAAUUUGUUGAGCAAUAGAAGUUCAUGUUUAUCUUAUUUUUACCCUAAGAGGGAAUAGAGGAUCUUUCAUAAUCAUUAUCCUCUCACCCUCUUCCUGCGGUCUGAGGUGAGGUUGUGAAUAUUUCAUCAAGUUCUCUAUUUAUGAUGGCUGGGAAAGGAUAUCGUUCCCAUUUAGAGGUCACGUCUGGAAAAUGGAGUUUAUGAAAUCAGGAUGCUUCACAUUAAGUUACACAUGUGAUGUCUCACGGGUAAUGGGCGGUAAAGAAAGAAUGUGGUGGUUUAGCAAGAUAUAUGAUGCUGAAGUUGUUCCAUUAAAAUAAAAAGAAAAAAGAUCCCCCCCCACCUCCCCCACCUUAAAAAAAAAUUGUUAAUAUAUCUAUGCGAUGUAAUUGCACUCAUAGACAUGCAUUGCUGGCUGCUUUUGUUGUUGACUGAUGUUUGAAGAAAGAAUCCAAUACAAUUUUUUCUGUGAUAUUUUUUAUA